CCCGUCUGGGCUGUAUAUAAGCGGUUAAGCGUGGGAUUUUUGCAUCAACGUGUCACCCUCCAGUGGUUCACCGUCUGACCGGGAACGCACCACGGAGAGCACAGGGAACCGCAGAUCCGUGCUGGCGUGUGUUGCGAUUCGCUGUGGACUUUGACCGGCAGUGACCGAGAGGGGAAACCCCACAGCGCCUGCAGCUGCCAGGCCGGGACUGAAACUCAUGCUGCCGCUUGACGAGGAGCUGUCCGUCCGCUGUGGUGCUGAACCGCAGGACUCGACCCUUCAACCGGUGACGUAGAGCCGAGACUCAUCCCAGACUCUCACAAGACUCAACUCAAAGUAAAAAAAUAAAUAAAAAAUAAAACAGCACAGGUUUAUUUAUUUUCACAUGUGUAUGGAUUUGAAGCAAGUAAACAAGACAGAAAACACGGAGCAGAAGUGAUGGCUGGACUCCCCCCCGCCCUCGGCGUCACUCCGGAGGUCUGAGCUCGCACCGGAACCCAGCGGAGCCUCCGUAGAUGAGGAGAGUGACAGAGGCUUUCGAUCAGUGAGGUGAAUGUUGAUGACACCAUUGAAAUGUUACCAAAAUCAAGAAGAGCUCUUACCAUUCAAGAGAUUGCUGCAUUAGCGCGAUCCUCCCUGCAUGGAAUCUCCCAGGUAGUGAAGGACCAUGUGACAAAGCCUACAGCGAUGGCGCAGGGCAGAGUAGCCCACCUGAUAGAGUGGAAAGGCUGGUGUAAGCCUAUAGACACUCCAGCAGCCCUCGAAUCAGACUUCAACUCUUACUCUGACCUCACCGAGGGAGAACAGGAGGCACGCUUCGCUGCUGGUGUGGCAGAGCAGUUCGCCAUCGCGGAGGCUAAGCUGAGAGCCUGGUCAUCUGUGGAUGGCGACGAGUCCAAUGAUGACUCAUAUGAUGAAGACUUUCUGCCUGCCAACGAGCCCACCACACAGAGCACAGAUGUGCCGUCGUACCCUCCGUACUUGAAGGACCUGAUCCACAGCCAGCUUUGCCAACACCUUGGCCUGCGGGGGCCCUGUUGCGAGAGCGGAGGCGGCAGCGGCGGAGAGGGAAGCGGCAGCGGCGGAGAGGGAAGCGGCAGCGGAGAGCCCUCCCCAACGGCAGGCUCCCCGGACACCCUGUGCUCCAGCCUCUGCAGCCUGGACGAGCACCACCCGCUGCUGCGUGACCUGGGCGGCCACCGCGGCACCCACUCCCACAGCAACGUCGCCGAGCUCGCCGCAAAGAUCCUGUCGGCGCUGCAGGGAGGGGAGGAGCUGUUGGCGCGACUUCAGAGGGCGGGGCAGAGCGGGCCCGGCGGCGGGGACUGCGUCUUCCACAGCCUGGGUGGAGGAGGGCGGGGCAUCAGGCCCUGCGGGGGUCAGGACUCUCCCUGCUACUCCAUGUCUUACUCUGAGACGUACCUGUCGCCGGGCGAGGACGACGACACCUCCUGCAAGGACUACGAGAACACCGUGUGCCAGGUGGAGGCGCAGGGGAAUGGGGUGGAGUACCCUCCUGCCUACGACCCGCGCAGGAGGGUCUCCGACGUGGCCUCCUCUGGGGUGGUGUCGCUGGAUGAGGAGGAUGAAGAGGAAGAGGAGGAGGAGGAGGAGAGGGCAGGAGCGCCAAACAACCAAUGACUCCUCUCUCUUCGCCUCAGUGUUUAAUUCCUCCGAGCUCUUCGGAGGGUUUUCUUUUUCUGCAUCAACUCCUCCAUGGCGUCUGAAAAGUUUGAACAUCUGCGCAUGUUUUAUUUUUUUUUAAACUUUUUUUCUUCCUCUGACUAAAAUGUAAAUCAUCCGUCUUUGCCUUACUUGCAGCAUUUCUUCCCCUCCUCUCCACCGUCGCUUCGUCCCCCUUCGAUGUACCAACUCUUUUUUUUUCCUUUGAAGGCGUCCAAACAAUCUUUUCUAUCGGCGUGAGAGCAGGAGUGUUGGACCCGCCACGGCGGUACAACGACUUACCCGAGGGUAUGACGCUCUCAGUUUUCGGCUCCGUCCCUACCUGUGAAAGUGACUCUAAAAAUAAAAAAAUAAAAAAAACGGACGCCACCGCCAAGGCAGACAGAAUGACUGAGUCCAAAACUCUGAUUUAUCUUUGCAUGUGUUUUGCAAGUGCUGAAAUCGAUGGGCUGACCCGGUCUUGAGCCCGGUUUGUAAUCUCAGCUGUUCUGUAUUACCCCCUCGCCCAUCUCCCACGGGAGGGCAGGUUGACACUGCAUCC